AGGGACCGCAUCUCGUUGUUCGUGUUUCCGGUCUAGGACGUGAGAUGGAUAGGAGAGAUCGUCGUUGUAAUUGCUCUCGACUAUACAUGUUUAUCGGGAACAAGAAUAUUUGAUUUCUCGAUUGACCCGGCAACUACGAAAAUGAAACGACCGCUAUGUUAUCGACGACCGCUUUUUUAACUUUUUCUCUGUCUGUGUCGUAAAUCAAUGUGAUUGGUGAUAUGCGUGUAGGCCUGUAUAGUAGAGGACGCGGUCUGUAUCGGAGACCGCGACGUAAGUCCUCCACCUCAAAAAAUGACGUGCCUGCGCCACCAGACCGGACUACUCUAGCGGUGGACUGCGUGCUGCGAUCAUGGAGGGAGAAGUGGAGGCGAUGGAGGAACAAGUGGGGCAGGCGGGUACUGAUCACAUCAAAAGUUUAAUCGUUUUCUCAUCUAGAUUUACUUUUGUGUUGUCUGCAAUCUAUUGUUAUACUGGCUGAGGUCAACAAGAGGGAAAGAAACUCAAACUUCUUGAAAACCACAGGACCCGACCAGCACGAGGACCUCCAAACACCAGCUCGUCUUCCGGGCGUUGUGACACCUGGCAAUGCAGCUGGCAGCUCUCAUAUAUCACCAGAAGAGUCGCGACUUCUCGACGCUCUCAUCGCAGCGGAACAAGAUAAACCGGUUGUCCCUACGCCAACUUUUGCUUCCCCGGAUGAGGACUACCUUCAAUUAAGGGCGAAGAAUAUAUUUCAUUUCUACAACAGUCAAUUCUCGCAGUUUCCUCCUUGGGAUUGCGAGAAAAUCAUGGAGGCAAGAAGUGAAACCUUGUGAGCUCUAAUUCACCGCCAAGAUGAAGGGGACAACAACCAACAGCAUCACGAUGGAAGAAACAGCCAAGACCAGCGCAGUAGUAGAAGGCGCAGUAGUCUUUAUCGUGUGAGCGCACCGCUAAGUGAGGAAGAGCAGCCACCGCGUGUUCCUUUAGAGCAAAUGGACUACUCUGGCGGACGCGGACCACCAGGAUCCUCCUCAGCUGCUUCUCCUAUUGAAGAAGUUCCUCCAAUAGUAGAUCCCAUAGCAGGACAACAUGACUACGGCGGUCAUGAGCAAAAUUUUUUUUACUACCCAUCUUCUCGACUUUCUUCGAAGAGCAGCUUGCUGUCUUCUGGUGGGAAGGAUUCUAGAGGGUCAGCGGAAGAAGGAGCAGAAGGAGGGCCCUCUGCAUGCGGCUAUGUCGGUGGAGUGCCGCUUUUCAGACAGGAUGGUGAAGCGCAGGCGGAAAAAGUCGUACAAAAUGUAGCAGCGGGACGUCUUUCUUCUGCAUCAGUGGGGCAAGAAGGCGCAGUACAACAGAGUCGGAGGAAAAGAUCUUCAACAGGACGCGUUCUCUUUAUGGAGGAACCGGAGCCACAGUCUUCAGGUGGGGAGACUACAGGUGGAACUACCACAGAACAGCAUGGUGAGGUGAAUGGUCAAAAUCAAAAUGGUUUGCAGAGUACCACUAUCAAAAUGAACGAAAACACCACAGCUGCAGCCACCAGCAACAAGAGAUGUCCUUACGGAGUAGCUAGUACCAUUGCCAGAAAGCCAAGUCCUCCCGUGUCGCGGACACUCAGUGCGAGUGAGAUGAAGAUGCAGCUGUUCCAGCAGCUGCAAAAGGAGCAGAACAAGAUGAAUGUACAAAAUGGUGUAGCGGAUAUUCAUCAAGCAGGAGAGGCAUCAUCUUCAAGCCCAGCAGAAAGUCCUCCACUGCGUAAUCCCUUCUCUAUGUCGCAGACACCUGCUAGUAUCGAGAGUCACCGCGAUUCUGUUUCGCCGUCGCCAGGGUCCAAACGAGCUCGCAUCGACCCUUUAGGACAGCAGAGGAUGUCGAAUCCUCUUAGCAGUGCUUCUAAGGUACACAAGUCACCAUACGAUUACAAUCGUCUGAAUAGUGAGAUCAGUGGUACACAUGUAGAAGGACCAGACGUAGGGGAGCAGAUUACAUCUACUAUCGAUGGUAGACCAGCAGCUGAAGUUCUCGAAUGUGCGCUCAAGAGGUUACAACAGCCCUUCGACAGUCCACCACUGAUAGAUGCUGCAGGUCAGUCGUACCGCCUGCAGAACUAUGAUCAACAAGGAACUGGACAAAUGUCAAAUUACAAGGAACGAGAAUUCAGCGAUGAUGAGCACCAAGUACUACUAGAUUUCUCUGAUAAAGAGGAGGAGGAGAGACACCAGGAAGAAGAUGACGGGAUUGCGAUGAUUAGAGGUGGGGGACAAGAUCAUCAAAGGAUAGUCAAUCAGCAUGGAAGGAGUCCCGCAGAUCCAAGACUGGUCCACCAAUAUCAACAGCAUUAUAGGAGUCCUCCAGUCCACCACCAACGUCAAGCUCCACCGUCGAGCACAGCAUCUUCGUCGAGCACAGGAGCAUUUUUACGACCGCACCAAUCUGCGCAAUCCCCGAAAAGACCUGUGACAUUCUUUGCUGGAAGUAAAUACGCGGCUCCUCAUCUUGGUCCAACACGCGGUGCAGCUUUGGGUCCAACAGCAUACGACGGUGCUCUUGCUCCUCCACCAAGCGUGCCCCAGCAGAGGUCUUUGUUUCCGUUCGAGUUUUCUUCUGCGAUACAGCUGGCUUCUUCUCUGUCACCACGAUCAGCGUCGCUGCUAGCACCACCUGCAAAACGGGUUUCCGCAACAUCUUCUAGGGUCACGCCUCCCGUCCAUCCGAAACCUCAGGUUGUCAAUGGCUGUCUCAACACUGAACUCCCAUCACGAAAGACUGUCAAUUAUAAUGCUGGUGAACAUUAUCAACAUCAACAGUCGGCAUCUAGCAAUGCACGACCUCCUUUGGCAGAAGAUGAGGCAGGUAUAGAUGAUGACCAAGAGGAUGAGGAGGACGAGCCGGCACCAAGUUUCAGUGCAGCUGAGGCAAUCAAGCGUUUUUUUCCGAAGCGUCCUGUGAAAAGCAAGCAUAAGAAAAGUUCCUCUUCAAAGAAGCACGACUCCUCGUCGAGAGGGGUGAAAACCUCGUCAAACAAGCGGCGUAGCUCAACUGGUGGCGGUCAGAGCUCUAGUAAAUCUACAUCGAGUUCCAGCGUUAAGCAAAGUAGACAAAGCGCCAAAACGACGCGUACAUCGUUAGGCAGUAGUAAUAGAAGGCGUAGCAGUGUUGGAUCUGGGUCUAAAGAGAAGAAGCGUUUGUCUUCUACCAGUAGACGUCCUCAGGGAGACAACCAAGACGACCAUGAUGAGCAGCAAAACGGCGAUGAACAAGAUGACAGUGGAGAGUCAACUACACCUAAAAAUUCUAGUCGUUCUAAGCAGCAGGAGGGCCUCAACUAUGGGAGACGAACCAAUAAGAUGUUGAGUGUCUCGCGCGCUGUCGCUAAGUGUUUCGGGGAGGAGACUCCAGGCCGGUCUACUGUACUGGGUCAUAUUCCGCCAAUUACGGAGGACUCUGCCGAGUUGAGUCGUAGUCGUACUUCAUCCUCAGCAGAUCAGUCACCGGCCAAAGAACGGCCACGGACUUUGAGCGACGAAGGGCUUGCUGCUAUUUACGAGGAAGAAGAAGAUGAGUUUCAGGGGGGUGCUUCUUUAUCAUCGAACCCCUUUUUUACGUCGAAUGAACGUCGUGGCAGUUCUUCAGGUCAUACACCGAUGCGACAUGCUUCUGCUAGUGUAGCUACGACUAGCAGUUACUCACGUAUUCCUCCACCUCCUUCGCAACAUCACACUGGCGCAGUUGAGAUCAACGGUGUUUUGGUCGGCACUAGUGCGGCUUCUUCAUCCACGUCACCACGAUUUGGUAGGAUGCCGACGCACAGUAAAGCCGCGUCACCUGUCUUCGGUAGUACACCACAUCGACAUCCAGAUGGUUACAGCUCCACAAAUCUCACGGACAGAGGACUCGUUCCCUUCACGACGACUAGAAUAUCUUCUACAACUCUGGUUGCGCAACAACAACCUGACAAUAUGCUGUUUGAACGUGAUGACGACGAAGAUCCGGACCGUGAUUACAUUGCGAUGCCAAGAUACUUCGAACCUGAAGACAGUGCGGAGACGGCUAUAGAGAAGGUUCCUCCUGGAGUAAUUAUGCUUUGGCGCAGCACCAGAGAUGAUGAAGACUUACCAACGGAUUACCACGUUGUCAAGGAUGAGAUGCAUGGUUGUGUACGGGAGCUUCAUAGUUGGAGAGCAGUGAAAACAGUAGAGAAGCACACUGGGCAAGAUGUGCCUUUGCGAGAAGCAUUCGUGCGUGCAAUAAUGGAUUUGCGGGAUGCGCCAUGUCCUAUUGAGAACGUCGAUUGCGCUCACGCUGAUAAUCCGGAUUACGAUAGGAGAAUAGCGGAAGGUGGAAAUAUGAAGGUGUUGGAAGAUCAGCAACAUUUUCAACUACUAGGUGGUGGGAGACAUGAUCCAGCAUCUUCAUCAACUCAAGGUAGUUUUAGAACACUGGCAGCAGGUCAAAGAGCCGCUUUAGUAGGUGUUGCGGAUUCGCCUCGCGGUGUAUCGGCACCUUUAGCUGAGCGUAUAUCGGGUUUAGACGGCGGCACACCAGGAGCGCAUGCGACGUUGAGACACACAAGAGCUGGGGAGCCACGAACUGCAGGCGCGAGUCCAACGCAUCAGUCCAGUGAGAAAGCGCAGCACGAUUUUCUGAGCAAUUUGAGUAGAUCACAACCAGCAUUGCCUGUCGCAGAACCUAAAGCGCCUGGGCGGACACUGCUGAGACGUCGAGAUCCGUCUGACGUGCCAGCUGGACAUGGGAACUCACCGAAUUUGGGUGAAAGUCCCACAGAUGGUUUUCACCAUGCGCAGUCUGCAAGUAGUAGUACUAGUACAAUGUUGUUGAGGAAUGCUGGCCUACUACCUAUGGAUCCUGGUAUGAACGGGAUGAGUUUGAGUGGUCCUCGUGGUACUUCGACCGGAACUUCUGGAACUGGAACUGGUGGACCUCAGCAGCCGCUUGGCCUACAACAAGCGACCCAUGGUGCUGCUAACAGUACAACUACACCAGUUUUUACACCCGACUUGCCAGGACAAGAAGCAAACAUCACUCCUCCUGAAGGAGGUCGUGUAGAACAACAACACGGUCGUGAAGGUGAUGUCCAUGUUCCAGGUGCUCCUGCCGAUAACGAUAACAAGACCACAGGAAGAAGUGAGAUUCUAGAGUCGCCUUCCGAGGAGAUGCUGUAUACUAGUCGUGCUCCGAUCUACAGCAACACGGCUGCUUCUCCUAGAAGUUACGCCACGGACCCAGAUGGAAAUUUGCGUGUACCAAGUGGGAGCGCGUCCUUUCGCCAUGGUUUGCCAGACACGGCGCACAGUCCUAGCACCUAUUUACGCAGCCCUGGAGGAAGUAGAACCAAUGCUAAUCUUGCUCCUGCUAGUGGUCGUCCUCACGGAGGAACGACAUCAGGGCCAGGACGAGGAGGACUUCUCUUGGGUGGAGGACCAGGAAUUCCUCUUGGUAGUGGUAAAACAAGUGCGGAUCAUCCCUCUGGUGCAUCCGCUGGUGGUGCUCCGGGUUUGCAAGGUCCUCCUGGUACUAGAGCGGGAGUUGAGUCAUCUAGUACGAGUGCAGCUCAUAGUAGUACAGGAUUGCCAUGUGUUUCUAAGGCACCACCUGGACUAGGAUCAUUAGGAGGCGCUAGUAGUGGUCCACCUAGUCUUGGCGGAGGGGCUCCAGUGUCCUCUUCUGCUGCGGGUAAUGCUCACGGAGGAGUCUUAACAGGUCCAGGACCAGGUCGAGGCCCAGGAGUUCCGUUUCCAAGAGGAGGAAGUGAUGCUUCUGGAGUAGGCACUUCGAUGACAAAUAGCAACAACUUGCCGCCAUCGAUUCCACCGCCACCAAUGGCGGAGCCAGGCGCAGCGCAGGACAGACCGAGCAGGCCUGGCGGUAUGAAUCGAGGCGAGGAGCGGACGAGGCAGACUCGUUCAUCUUUAGUUCAAAAUACAGGGGGUGAUGGUACAACGGCAACUGGAGCAACAACCGCAGGAGGACAAGCAAAGGAGAUGAGCGAUUCUUCUCGUGGCGCAGCAGGAGCACUUGGUCCUUCGUCAAGGAGAGACGAUCCUUUCUACAACUCAGGCGUAGCCUCCAGUCCAAACGAUGGCUCUGUAGAUGCAGAUGGUACCAAGAAGAACAGCAAUAGUCCUGGUCGACGAGCAGGCGAUUCUGAUAUUUUGCAGCGUCAUUCCUCUCCACCGCCUCGUAAUCGCACUGUCCAAAGAGCGGAUGAUGAAAAUCUACCUACACGCGCGCGUGCGGGUAUCAAUGAGGCUAUUCAGUUACCCAGGGAAGCGACGUUGAGGCACACGACGAGUCUAAAUCUGGAUGAUCCGAAGUACAAAGAAGCCUUUUUUGCCGGUGCAGUAUCGACUAGAGGCUGGGUGCCGGUGAUCUACGAAGGCGGGUCGCCGAGGAUGGCAGAAGAGGUACCUUGUUUGUUGAGUUUAUAAAAUCUACAAGGUCUAGGUCUACACCAUCAUGAUCCUUUCUUAAUCUAUAAGGUCUGCACCAUCAUGAUCCUUUCUUCACGAAAGAACUCUGUCUCGUCUAUAAGGUCUACACCAUCUUCAUGAUCCUUUCUUCACGAAAGAACUCUGUCUCGUCUCUGUAUUUAGAUCGUGGGUCAUUUGAAUCUUCUCCCCAUAUCAGAUUCGUGACGACAAUGAGAUUCGGGGCCCGAUCCGUGUUGUUCUUGGUGGUGGCGGUCCUGCAGCUCCUUCUGCAAUCACAAAUGAAGUGGCAGAAGAAGAGACAAAUCAUGGAGCUUCUGGUGCUGACGCACCUCUUCAAGAAGGAGCUCCUUCAAAUCAAGUUCAAGGAUCUUCUUCCUCCGCCGCGCCUAGGCAGGUAUCCGAAGCAGGGAGACGUUCGCGGGUGCGGUUUUCAGAGGUCUCGGCCAUUCGCGAGGAAGAGAGCCACUUGAUGCCAGACUUCGGAGGUCACCUUCUCAAAAAACAAGAUGGCAGUUUAGGUGCAUCAAGGGUGGAAGGUGAAGCGGGGGAUCAAGCGUCUGGUGGCGCUGAUGGUCCCCUUGCUGUAGUUACGACUGGUGACGGCGCGAACAACGCAGGUAACAACGCAGGCGGUAAAAAUCAUAGAUACACGAUGUUGUCGAAUAUCUUUGUCGCUGGAGGCUCUGGAUCUGCAACUGCAGUUGGUCUCAAAUCCAUAGCGCGUAAUAGCACUGGGGUCGAAGUGUAUCGUUUUGUCGGCUCGAACGUGGAUGCAGAGCAGAAUUUCAUUGAUGAAGAGCGAGAGGUGGAUGCGGACCUAUUCUUGGAAGCGCGUGGCGAACGUCCACGACCUGGCGAAGCUGGUGGUGCUUUUGGGCCGCCUGCUGUUUUCACUGGUGUAGAUUCGCGGAAACGUCUUAGAAGUUGUGAAGAUAUGUUGGGGAAUGAUCUUCAGGGGAAUGAUCAGAACAAUGGAAGUAGGCAACAGCAGCAACAAUCUUCUUCAUCAUCCUCAUCCACCAGUAGGGCCCUUGUCGUUGUAAAGAAAAUACCUUACCCUGACCGUGCCACCAGGGAGCGCAUCGAAAACAAAUGGUUCAAGGAAAACCCUGACUUUCGAGAGCGACUACGCUUUGCCAGUCUAGGAGAACGCCUGAAGGACAAACAGCCAGAUCGACUGGCUAGAGUGUCUGUAGUGCCUAAACGGAAUGCUGAGGAUCCCGAGGGGACGAUGUGGAUUCACUCACCUAGAAGAAGUAAGGAGGCAGAGCCAGCAGAUGUGUGGGCUAGAACACCAGAAGGGCCUAAACCAGAACCAAAAGAACCGGAUCCUUCGAAGUGGCUUUUGAAAGCACCGGAGAGGGAGGGAUGGUAUCCUUGUAGUUUUAUUGUAGUUAUUAUCUUUAAUUUGUUUUUGCAGAAUACAUAGCAAUACUUACUUUUUUCGUAAAUUUCUCUCAGAGGAGCACAGCUUGUUUCAAUAUUUUUACCACACAAAAAUCCCAACAUCCAACAUCUACCUUCUCCUAGGUCCGCUCUCGACAAUGAUGAGGAGUACUUGUUUUUCCGAGAUUUAGCUUACACACGACCUGGCGAUGCUCCACCGCAAAUGCCGCAGGCCUUGGCUGAUAGCUUUGUCUCGUGCAUAAGUAAUGAUGGAGGCCUGAACAACACUGGUGGUAUGCUUGCUGAUAAGGAUGCUCUAGAAGCACCACCUCCAGAGGCAACACCACCACCGCGAGAGGAGGAAAAGACUGAUCCCCGUGACGUUGCCAUGAUAAUGAGUGUAUACUCAGAUCGAAGCGGACAGCAACCCAGUGCUGGACAGAGUCAGGGAGGUCAGCAAGUAGGUGGACAAGAUGGACAAGCGGGAGUUCAUCAAGUUGAUCAGAGUGCUGUGGACAGACUCCUCUUAGAGGGUCCUAGUGGUGCCGCAGCAAACGCUGGCAAUGCUGCGAUAGUUCCGAAAAGGGAGGAAGGUACGUCUCCAGUGCGUAGUUUGGCGGAGCGUGAGCAAGCGGAUAUCUUAGAAGGCGUCGUAGAUGAGUCUCUCAGCUUCGCCUCAGCGGAUGGACGGCCUAGGACGAGCGUGGAGCAAGCGCGUGGCUCGCCUCCGACCGUCGGAGCUUGCCAUCCGGGAGCUGCGAGGGGGCAUAAGGAGGUAAUGAAUAUGAAUUUUUUGAGAACGAAAACGAUGACGAACUUGUUGUGAUUCAUUUCAACAUCACACUGAACUCUUCUUUUUAUAGCACAUUGCAUUUCAUCGUAUUUGUCUCAUCUCAUCUCUCUUAUCCUCAGGUAAGCUUUGGCGGCGACAACGUUUCUAUGUUCGGAGGUCGUAUCGAGGACGAAACGCCUGAUCGUUCUGGCGAGCUAGGCGAUGUAGGAACGCCAAGAUUUGGUCAAAUUGUCGAUUCUUCCAGUCAACAAAGGGGUCAGCAGAACGCUGGAAAUGGAAGACGCAUGAGCAUUUUUGGAGAUCGAGAACCUAGACAAACUCCUGGCCCAAGUUUUGAUCCUAACGCAGGUGGCGCGAGACCAGAUUUGAUGCCCCGAAUAGCUACUCCUGUUCAUAUUCCGAGCCCAAGAGCAACAGGGAAAAGACCAGCUGGAGAUAGGGUAUGAAAACAUUUUAUUGUCACAGAAGUAUCGAGAUGUUGAAACUUUCUCAAUGUGCGUGGUCGGUAUUUAAUUGCAAAUACCUGAUGAUUCUGCGGGUGAGAGAGGAAUUGAUUUCGCAAGAAACGAAGCUAGAACUCUACCACAUUUCACUCAACCAGGUCUUCACCCCCGAGCAACCGCCGCCUCAGGACGCCCAAAGGCGUGACAAAUUGACGGCUUCUCUAGUCGCGCGUGGGUAUCAGGCGAGUACUGCUUUGGCGCUUGCGAAUGAACUGUUGGCUCUUCAGGAGACAGACGAAAUUCAGCCAGAAACGCUGAAAGAAGCCAAACGUCGGAGCAAAGAGGCUGCUGAGUAACAAUUCCAACUACUUGCUCGAGGAUCUAUCUAUGAUUUCGAUUUGACCAUGAUCUUCGAUGUGAGUGAGUCGAUUACGAUCAAAUCAAUACAAUUAUUACGAUGAAAUAAUGGAUGAUCUUCAAGUUCAAGUCGUUGUAGUUCGUUGUAAAGAAUCAAAAUUCAAAAUGUCCAUAAUCUUCCUCCUACACCGCUCUCUCAGGAUGCGCGCGUCGUUGUAGUUCGUUGUAAAAAAUCAAAAUUCAAAAUGUCCAUAAUCUUUCUCAGGAUGCGCGCGAUCCAAGAGUGGGAAUAUCCAAAGGGCACUCAAGUAGAAGAGGGUGACUUUCGCGUCGCAGCUCAGGCUAAGAUGCGAGCGGCAGACUUUUCCCAUAUGUCCGAAGAUCAAGCUGAUUUAUGCCUACUUCAAAUGUGUAUUUUCUACGAACUCGAAAGGUUGGAGAAGCAGGGGAAGGAAGAAGGUGUCCCGGAGUGCGUAGAGAACGUUAUUGACGCUGUCGAGGAAUUGACGACUAUGACAAUGCAAGAUUUGCAAACUGAAGUGGAUGAAAACGCACCUCCCCAAAUAGAAACGAGGAGUGGAAUGCGGAAAGAGUACUACUCCUAACUUCCUCAUAGUUUUAGUUCCUAUGGUAGUGUUAGCUGAUAAUCUUUUGAACAACUCAGAAGAUGGUUAUCAUUAAGAAAGAUGGACAGCGUUUGUAGUCGUUCUACCGACUUUACCUGAACAACCCGCUUUAGACCUUUCAACUUCAUUCCACGCAACACCCUUCCAGAAUCGAGAACCUCGAAAAGCGUCAAGUGGGAACUGAAGCUGAGAUCGAUUUCUGGAAGCGUGGUCGCGCAGACUUGUCGCGUGGUCAGAUUCCUCCUCAAUCCAUCGAAGAAAUCCGUGCCUCUUUGCAAAACGCUGCUCGCGCGGCUGACGAACGCGACUGCCUUGCGAUAGAGCACAGCGAAGGCGAAUUUCAACUCCACCUGUUAGAACAGUUCGUAGCUUUAGCGCAUCAAGAAACGGCGGAACAGGAGCGGGCACAAGCAUUGCGGGAGGAAGGAGUGAGGCGGUUUGAGGAUUAUAUGGAGAGGAAGCGGAAAUAA